UCUGCCAUGACUGCCACAGCUUGCAACUUCCAGCUGGAAGCCACAGUAUGGAUACCUGGCAUCAGCUUUGGUUCCUGGUUCUUGCCACAUUUCUCCUGGUUUCUGGCUUGCCAGCUCCAGAAAAGUUUGUCAAAGAUAUAGAUGAGGGAAUUGAUCAAGACAUAUUUGAUAUCAAUGAAGAUUUGGGACUGGACCUUUUUGAGGGAGACAUCAAACUCGAGGCACAAGGAAAGAACUCCAUCAUUGGAGAUGUCUAUAGAUGGCCACACACCAUCCCAUAUGUUCUAGAAGAUAGCUUGGAAAUGAAUGCCAAAGGAGUGAUUCUCAAUGCGUUUGAGCGCUAUCGCCUUAAAACGUGCAUUGACUUCAAACCUUGGUCUGGAGAAGCCAACUAUAUAUCAGUGUUCAAGGGCAGUGGGUGCUGGUCCUCAGUAGGAAACAGGCGUGUUGGGAAGCAAGAGCUGUCCAUUGGGGCCAACUGUGACCGAAUAGCGACGGUUCAGCACGAGUUCCUGCAUGCCCUAGGAUUCUGGCACGAGCAGUCGCGCGCUGACCGGGAUGACUAUGUCACUAUAGUUUGGGACAGAAUUCUGUCAGGCAGAGAACACAAUUUCAACAUCUACGACGACACUGUGUCCGAUUCCCUGAAUGUCCCCUAUGACUACGCCUCGGUAAUGCACUACAGUAAAACUGCCUUUCAGAACGGCACCGAGCCUACCAUCGUCACGAGGAUCUCCGACUUCGAGGAUGUGAUUGGCCAGCGAGUGGACUUCAGUGACUACGACCUGUCGAAGCUGAACCAGCUGUAUAACUGCUCUUCUUCCUUGAGUUUUAUGGACUCCUGUGAUUUUGAGCUGGAGACUAUCUGUGGCAUGAUCCAAGGCUCAGCGGAUAAUGCUGACUGGCAACGGGUUUCAUGGGUCCUCGGGGGUCCCGAGAACGAUCACUCCAACAUGGGCCAGUGCAAAGACGCCGGCUUCUUCAUGCAUUUCAAUACCAGCUCUUGGGGCGAGGGGGCCACAGCGGUGCUGGAGAGCAGGGUGCUGUACCCCAAGAGAGGGUUUCAGUGCUUGGAGUUUUAUCUGUUCAACAGCGGAAGCUCAAGUGACCAGCUCAACAUCUACACCCUGGCGUACACUGAGGGCAACCCAGCCGGUGUCUUGACCCUCCAGAGAGAAAUUAAAGAAAUACCCACCGGGAGCUGGCAACUUUACUACGUCACACUGCAAGUGACUGAGAAGUUUCGAGUGGUAUUUGAAGGACGCAGAGGCCCUGGGGCAUCGUCAGGUGGCCUGUCUAUAGAUGACAUCAAUCUCUCGGAAACAAGGUGUCCUCACCAUGUCUGGCAUAUACAGAAUUUCACACAGCUUCUUGGCAGCCAGAAUGCAGCUGUGUACAGCCCUCCGUUUUAUUCUCCCAAAGGUUACGCUUUUCAGAUUUACUUGGAUCUAAAUUCCUUGACUAAUGUGGGAAUUUAUUUCCACCUGAUUUCUGGAGCCAAUGAUGACCAGUUACAAUGGCCUUGUCCUUGGCAACAAGCCACGAUGACACUCUUGGAUCAAAAUCCUGACAUCCGACAGCGUAUGUCCAACCAGAGGAGUAUAACCACCGACCCCACGAUGACUAUGACUAAUGACAGUGGAAGCUAUUUUUGGGACAGGCCUUCCAAGGUGGGAGUACAGGUUUUAUUCCCUAAUGGAACUCAGUACAGCAGAAGCAAGGGUUAUGGAACCAGUGUCUUCAUAACCCAAAAGCGGCUGAAGAGCAGAGAGUUCAUAAAAGGAGAUGAUGUUUACAUCCUCCUGACCGUUGAAGACAUAUCUCACCUUAAUUCAACGGCAGUUGUCCCAGACCCAGGCCCCACCUCGACUGUCCAGAACGCCUGCUCCAAAGUCCAAUGUCAGAAUGGCGGCAUCUGCACUGUUCACAAUGACAUAGCUGAGUGCAAGUGUCCUGCAGGAGAAGACUGGUGGUACAUGGGCAGAAGGUGUGAGAAGAAGGGGUCCACCCGAGACACAAUUGUCAUUGCUGUGUCUUCCACUGUCACCGUGUUUGCUGUGAUGCUGAUCAUCACCCUCGUCAGUGUCUACUGCACCCGGAAGAAGUAUCGUAAGAAGACUAGUUCAACUACAGCAGCCAUGAAUCUAGAAAACCAACACGCUUUUUGAACAUUAACUCAAGCUGGCAACUGAAACAGGAAGGACUCUUUGACACGGAAGAACAUUUCACCCAGGCUGUAUGACAUUCACAAGCCAGAUCAUCUCUGUAAAUAGCUGAAUGUAUAAUAAAUCAUUAUUUUGGUAAAAGUCAAA